UAUGUGAAUUUUUUUUGGGGGGGGUAACAUACAGAGAAUUCUCUUUUAUUUUCAAAUGAUUCUGACUACCUUUUCUCAUGAUUCUUUAACUAAUAAAAAUAAUUGGGAAAAAAUAAAAAUAAAAAAUAAAUAAAGAAAAAAAGAAAACAAUGGUAUGUGAAUUUAUAUCUCAAUAAAGCUCUUACAAAAAAGAGUCCAUAGUUUAUGAUUUCAUUUAUAUAAAACUCUAGAAAAUACAAACAUAUAUGGUGACAGCUGCCUUAAUUCACUACCACAUUUUCUUUUGCUGCUUCCAUUUUUCCUAACACUUUUUCAAUUCCCUGAUUGCCUCUUUCUGUUAAUGUUUGUCUUGAGAAAACACGGGUCUGCGGAGGAGGAAGUGGUCUCAUUUUGCCACAGGAAAUGUGAAACUUGGGGACUUCUGAACAGCAGAACUGGUAUUGGGUUCCACACCCCAAUGAUCCUUGACUACCCAAAAGUGUAGUUUAAAAGCCAGUGGCUCGCAGACCACGCGGCGGGAGCUAGAACUCCAUUUCCCAGGAGGUCGUGGGGCACAGGGUGGAGACUGCGUCUGACGACACGGGUGGGACUCGGCCGCUGCCGGAAUGAAGCCGGGAGCCCGCCUUGUUCGCUCAGCCAUGAGAAACCUGGGAGGCUGUGUGAGCUGCGGUUGAACGGAGCUGGAGGACGACCGCUUUGCCAGGACGGUUGCCUUAGUAUGUGAUCCACUUCCUUGGAUGGAAAGGAUUUGAGAAUGGGAUGAAUUAUAUAUAUUCGGGGGAGAUUGAGCCUGCUUUUCCUAUUGCGAAGCCGACGUUAGGCACUUAUCUGUCCCAGGAUCACGAGUCCAACCGAAGUUCCAGAACCAAGUACCCCUGGUAGAAAGGCUCCGAAGGAAGUGCCGAGCGGGCUUGUGGUGGCUAUGGAUGGGUCACUACAAUUGCCUCUCUGGUUUAAGUUUCCAGGAGAAAAUUGACUGCUGAGCAGUGUACAUCUGAAGAAGAAUGCUUUGUCAGAUGAGAUUGGAAGAUUUAGAAGAAACUAUAAUUCCAAGGUUAAAACUUUGGAUCUUCUUUCCAGAAAAAUUUACCUAUGCACAUACACAUAAUAUUGUGCACAACUGCAGAGGUGGCUUCUAGAAUCCUCUGAAGCCUAUCUUCUAGCAGGCCAAGGACUCCAUGGACUCCAAGGGAAGAAUGCAGACGAUCAAAUGUGUGGUUGUGGGAGAUGGGGCUAUAGGUAAAACCUGCCUCCUCAUCAGUUAUACAACAAAUGCCUUUCCUGAGGAGUAUGUCCCCACUGUCUUUGACAACUAUAGUGCCCAGACAUAUGUGGAUGGCCAGAUCGUCAUCCUGAACCUGUGGGACACAGCUGGCCAAGAAGAGCAUGACCGACUGCGAACACUCUCCUACCCCCAGACCAAUAUCUUCGUCAUUUGCUUUUCCAUUGGCAGCCCAUCUUCUUAUGCCAAGGUGAGGCAUAAAUGGCACCCCGAGGUCUCCCAUCAUUGCCCCAACGUACCUGUUUUGCUGGUAGGCACGAAGAGGGACCUGCGGAGUGACCUUGAGACAGUGAAGAAUCGAAAGGAACAGAGCCUAGUGCCCACAACUCCUCAGCAAGGCACUUCCCUGGCUAAGCAGGUGGGGGCUGUAAAGUAUCUGGAAUGUUCAGCCCUGAUGCAAGAUGGGGUCCGUGAGGUAUUUUUGGAAGCUAUCUGGGCUGUGCUUUACCCUGCCACAAAGAAGAACACCAAGAAGUGUGUCCUCUUAUAGCUUUUGGGAUGUUGCCUGGGGACUGCACCCACAGAGAAAAAGGGGAAAUUCCCUUGAUAGCAUUUAACAUUGCCAGUGUGAGCCACUUAUCUCUUCUCCUGGAAACCCUAGGCUCCAGGUUAUUUGGUGUUUGGGGGAAUGAAGAGAGGCUAGUUUGUACUUGGCUGCUUUGAAAUUCAGUCUGAAACUUUUAGAGAAAGUUUGAGAGUGAGAGAGUGUGUCUCUGCUGUUGAAGUGAUGAGAGGAGAUGUCACCAGAUGUUCUUUUUGGCACUGGCCAGGCCACAACUAAGCAGAUCAGUCUAGUACUAUUCUUUGUAGGCUUUUGCCUGACUGUUUGAAAUCUAAUUUCAGCUUUCCUGGAUGUGUUUAUCAUUGAGCUAGUACCUCACAGAUGGACAGGGUUCUCCAAGUUUUCAAAUCAUUGCCUGAGGCUUUCUGAUAAACUAAUUUCUGGAAACUAUUUUAGGUGUGAUUCCUGGGUGUUCCCAGUGUUGACAUGUUCUUUCCAUUCUUGAGAUGAGAUGCUUUUGCAAUAAUGGUUAAGCAGCAUUUCUAGAAUUCUGUGAGAUUGUAACAGAUGUUUCUUAAAAGGGUUCUAUGGGCCUCUGGCCUUUUGAGAUGGCUCACGCUCCAUCUGUGGAGUGUGUUUCUCUCUUAAUAAAUGUGCUUCUUACCUAAAACAGAAAGCGGUUCUGUGGUCAAAUAAGGCAAGAAUCAUUGAUUUAAAUAAUGCCAAAUAGUUUGUUUUACUGCAGGAAGUUUUAUAACUUUUAAUAAGUAUGCAAUAUUUCCCAAACUUAUUUCACUGAACUUUUGUUUUUUUGGCCCCAUGCAGCACCUAUUAACAUCUCUGGGAACACCGUUUCAGAGAUGCUGGGUUACUGGGGACUGGGUAUUCCAAUGGUGGAGACUUAAAAAAGCAUAAUGUGGUCCUAUUCUUUGUGAUGUUUUCUUCUCUGUGCCUUUGAGAGGAAUGUUUACCAGCCAUGGCCUUGUUAUUGAUUCCUCUUCCAAUCCUCAGGAGGUGGGUUUGGCACUUAGUCAUAACAGUACAUUGGCUGUGGGAUCUGAUGUUAAGAUUUGCUUUCUGAUUCUGCUAGCACUCUGGGCCCUGUGAAGUGAAAAACUGUGUCUCUGAGGCUUCUGUGUGGCCCUUUCUUCUCACAUCACCCUUCCACUGUAAGGAAAGACCACUGAAGAUUAACCCUCUAAAUAAAACCAAUGAAACAAUCAAACAAGUAAGAUGUCCUGCCAGUCCCUCUCAAGGGGUUCUGUGAUUCUCUCUGAGACGUCUCUUCUGCUGUCAUUCCUCUGAGUCAUAAAGUCAUUCCUCUGAGUUAUAAAGGCUAUUCUGCUCUCUUCCUGUUCCUCCCUCCUCUGUAUGUCUCCCUGUUUGUGUGUGUUCAGCCCUGUGUGCCUUUUGAGUUUGCUCUAAGUGUUGGAGUUUGUUGGGUUUCCAGGCCGAAGGGGCUGUCCUCACCCUUGUGGCAGUUUUGUUGACUUUCCUCAGUCUGCUCUGGGGUGAGAUGAGUUGACUUCUGUAUCCCCGUGGACCUGCCGCUCCUUCCCCCAGCUGUAUUUUUGACCUUCAUUUGAUAUGGAAGGAAAACUUCUUUACCUGGCAGAUAGUGGUCAGGAACUCCACCAUGCACAUGUCCUCUCACCCUGCCAGAAUAGCAUGGGAUUUUUGAGAGUUUGGGAAAUGGAGCUAAAAGGAUCUCAUACCUCCCCUUGGGGUGGGUGAAGUGCCUGUGCUUUGCUCUGUGAUUGUCUUGCUGUUGCUCUUUGACAGGAUAUGAUCAGAGUAACCUCAAGCUGACUGAACCUCCUGGAUAGGGUUGCCAGAUAAAAUAAUUUUUUAACCAAUUUUUUAGUGUAAGUGUGUACCGUGCAAUAUCUGGGACAUACUUAACACUAAAAAAUUAUUUUGUUUAUCUGAGAUUCAAAGUUAAUGGGGCAUCCUGUAUUUUUAUUUGCUAAAUCUGUUAACCCUACUCUUUGAGAAUCUGGAACCUGGAGGUCAAGCAAAUAUCAAGUAUUGGUAGAAGAUAAAAGGUUAUUUAAAUACUCUAUUCUUCCUCCUUUUCUUCUGGUUUCCCUUUCCCCUCACAGUGGACUAAAGUGCUUUUUCUUUUUCCUUCAUCACUGUACCCGCCACUUCACGCAGUAUUCCAUUGGUGUGUAUGUCUACAAUGUUAAUUGUCUGAAGCUGUGGAGGAUCCAGGACGAAUACUGUUGUCCAGCACUUCCCUUCUCAGUUCCGAUGUACUAUAUCUAUUUUCCAGUGUGCAACUCAGGGUCUCCUGAGGCUGGCAGGGAUUCUGUAUGAGCAGUGUGUUAACUGGAAAAGGGUGAGCGUGGCCCUCUUCAACCAAGGCUCAAUAGCACUUUGGAAAGGGGGGCUAUUACCAUAAUGUGGCCACUGUGGAGGUCAACUGGCUUCUGGGUGCUGUGCCCACUGCCCUUUUGUAAAGUCACUGGGUUUUUCCAAAGACAGUCAAAUGGAAGUGUAUUCCAGUCUCAUGAUGUUCUGAUUGAUGCCACUUUGGGUGCUCACAGGACUUCAUGGUUGAAAGGGGCUAGAAACAUGGCUGUCACCUAGGUCUCUGGGAAAUUUCUAUUUAGCUACUGAAAUCUUUUAAGUUGGCUUUUAAUAGCGCCUCCUGCUCCUCCUUUGCCUGUCAAAUUCCCAAAUGUAAGCCUGGGUUUGGUUUGGGCAAACUUGUGUUCUCUAAUAAAUGGAGGUGUGAUCCACAA